AUGUGCUACAACAACCCAUGCCAGAACGGUGGUGUAUGUAACAACUUUGGUAGUCAUUAUACGUGUCACUGCGCUGAGAGAUACACGGGUCUAACUUGUGAACUUGGUGCGUAUAUUUACUUUCGCGAAAUUAUCGAAUUAGACGCAUGUGCCAGCAGCCCAUGUCUGCGCAGUUCUGUGUGUGUUAACCUAUACACAUCGUACCGUUGCAAUUGUUUACCUGGGUGGACCGGUCAACUCUGUAACAUAGAAAUCAAUCUCUGUAACCAGAAUCCGUGCUUGAAUGGUGGUGUGUGUAGCAAUCACCGAACAUACUAUGCUUGUCAGUGCGCCGACGGGUGGACCGGACAAAACUGUGAAGUGGCUACUGACCUAUGUGUGUCUCACCCAUGUUUGAAUGGUGGUGUGUGUUCCAAUUACCAGACCAGAUACACGUGUACUUGUUCUGACGGGUGGAUGGGGGAUACCUGUGGCAUCGCCGUGAAUCUGUGCGAACCUGAUCCGUGUCUCAAUGGAGGUAUAUGCAGUAACUAUCAGACGUAUUACAUGUGCAGUUGUCCACGUGGUUGGACUGGAUAUAACUGCGGAACAGCAAUUAAUUUGUGUCUGCCACACAAUCCAUGUCAAAAUAGCGGUUUUUGCCAGAAUGUUCAAGACAGUUAUGUUUGUAUUUGCCAAACUGGUUGGACGGGAAUCAACUGUGAAACAGUGAUUGAUUUCUGUGCUACGAGUCCAUGUCGCAACGGAGGGAUAUGUAGCAACGUGGGCACGUCGUACAUGUGUCAAUGCCCCAUUGAGUGGUCUGGUCCACAAUGCCAAUUUGCUGUCGAUGCCUGUAGCAGUUCUCCGUGCCAACACAACGGCGUUUGCCAGAAUUUUUACUCUCAUUACUCCUGUAUAUGUACACCAGGGUGGACUGGAGUGAACUGUCACAUCGCCAAGGACCACUGUCUUUCUAACCCUUGUCAACAUGGAGCAUUAUGUACGAACUACCAGACAUACUUUCAAUGUACGUGUACCGUUGGAUGGAGUGGAACCCAUUGUGAAAUUGCCACUGGUCUCUGCAGCUCAUCCCCGUGUCUCAACGAGGGACAGUGCAGUGAUUACGGCUCCUAUUAUUCAUGUAGCUGCAAACCGGGCUGGACGGGAACCAAUUGCGAAACCGCUCUCACGCCAUGUGACAAACACCAGUGUGUAAAUGGCGGUACAUGCAUUGCCGCUGCUCAGAACACUCACUAUACCUGCAGGUGCGUUACGGGGUUUACUGGACCGUUCUGUGACAUUAAUAUCAACGAAUGCGCCAGCAAUCCGUGUCUGAAUGGUGCUGUCUGCAACGAUCUCAUCGGGAAAUAUACAUGCACGUGUACGAAUGGAUACUCUGGAAUCAACUGUGAAAAUGUCGCAGAGCGAUGUCUGCCUAAUCCAUGCAUGAAUGGCGGCAUUUGCACUAACUAUGGUACUUACUAUGUCUGUACAUGUCAACCUGGGUGGACUGGAUCACAAUGUGAUGUCGAACAAAAUUUAUGUCAGAGCAGUCCAUGUCUCAAUGGUGGCACAUGUUUCCAUCAGCUUGGGCAGAGCUUUUACACGUGUCUUUGCGGCGAUGGCUUCACAGGGCCACGAUGCGAACUCGAUUUAGACGAGUGUGCGCGCCAUCCAUGUCUGAAUGGUGGUACUUGCACCGAUGGUAUUAAUGGUUUCACGUGUUACUGUCGACCUGGUUGGACCGGAACGCAGUGUGAAGUUGAUAUCAACGAGUGCUCGAGUAACCCAUGUAUCCACGGAGGUACGUGUAUUAACGGAGCCAAUAUGUUCACAUGUCAGUGUCUACCGGGCUUCAAUGGUGACUUAUGUCAAUUUGAGAUGAACGAGUGUGCCAGCAGCCCCUGUCUGAACGGUGGUACGUGUCUCGACAUGCGGGGUUCCUACACAUGUCAAUGUCCAGCAGGUUUCCAAGGGCGUAAUUGUGAACUAGCUAUUGGAUGUAUUGCCGAGGUCGACAUCACUGAUGCCGGUAUUGUUGAACUGCAUUCACCAAAUUACCCAGCCAACUACCCAGACAACGAGUACUGUCGUUGGAUCGUGCGCUGCAGUCCAGGAAAACGUAUUCAGGUGGUAUUCCAGAAUUUCUACACCGAAUGGAAAUACGACUGGGUUGACGUGGGCCUGUGGAGCGAUGUGGCCGAUCUGGGGUCACGUCUGUUGCACUGGUCGGGUCAGGAACUACCUCCCGCUAUCAUCACGGAGGGGACGGAGUGCUGGAUUCGAUUUACCUCGGAUUACGAGAAGACAGAAAGCGGGUUUUCAGUGAGGGUGUAUGAGACAGAUCAAACUGAUGUUGUGAAUGAGUGUUCCAGCUCGCCUUGUAAGAAUGGCGCUUCCUGUAUCAAUUCCAUCAAUAAAUAUGUGUGCGUCUGUUCUGAUGAAUGGCAUGGAGUUAACUGUGAAACCAGAGUCAACAUCAAUGCUUGUUCCAGUAACCCAUGUCCAAUGUCGGCUACCUGUCUCGAUACAGCGAGUAACUAUGUGUGUAUAUGCCCAGAUGAUGUUGAUCAUUAUUUAUGCUCCAAAGACUUUGAUGUUUGUACUGAAAGUCCAUGCCGCAACGGCGCCACGUGCGUGAAAUAUGGUAAUGACUACACGUGUAACUGUGCACCUGGGUAUGAAGGUCCCCUCUGCGAUCAAGAAGUAAACGAGUGUGCUCCCACGCCUUGUCAGAAUGGUGGUACGUGUGUCGACGGUAUGAACUCCUACACGUGUUACUGUACUCCAGGGUACGAGGGCACAAGAUGUGAAGUUUCGUUAACUGGCUGUGCUGCCUUGCCAUGUCGGAAUGGUGCUCAGUGUCUGGAUCUUGUCGGUGGUGGCGUGCAGUGCAAUUGUGUGGCCGGAUUUUCGGGUUCAAGAUGUGAAAACGACAACGAUGAGUGUAUAAGUAGCCCGUGUCAGCAUGAUGGAUAUUGUAUCAACGACAUCAAUAAAUUCGCAUGCGUGUGUCCUUCUGGAUGGCGCGGGGAACGCUGCGAACUGCCUGACCAGUGCUUCAGUAGCCCAUGCAUGAACGGUGGCACGUGUCACGACAUGGAAUACGGUGGAUACGCAUGCGUUUGUCCAGCGGGUUUAUCCGGGGAGAACUGCGAGUUUGGCGUUGUGAGCCACUGCGUAGGUAUGGUCAAUCCGUGUUCUAAUGGAGCUACGUGUGUGUCCAUUCAGAAUGGUUCUCCCCGAUGUGUUUGCACCUCGUCGUACACUGGCGAAUACUGCGAGACUUAUGUCGGCAUGUGUGGUAACCAUCAGUGUAGAAACGGCGGUUAUUGCGUUUCCGUGGACCACGAAAGUAGAUAUACAUGUACAUGUGAGCCUGGGUGGACUGGAGAAUAUUGUGAAACAGAUAUCGACGAAUGUUCAAGCCAACCAUGUAUGAAUGGUGCUACAUGUUUGAACGAACUGGAUAAGUUUACAUGUAACUGUUUGCCUGGUUACGAAGGCGAUCUCUGCAGUCUUGAUAUCGAUGUAUGCUCACCCAACCCGUGUCAGAAUGGCGGUACAUGUUACCUUUAUGCUGCUGACACGUCUUUGUUCAUCUGUAUAUGUACCACUGGGUAUGAUGGGAGUCACUGCGAAACAGAAGAUUGCAACGUCGACCCCUGUCAGAACGGUGCGAUAUGUCAGAUAUCGGUACUCAGUCCAGGGUAUGUGUGUCUUUGCGUCACUGGAUGGCAUGGGCAAGAUUGUGAACAGCCUACCUUUCAAGGUUGCGGUUCCAAUUCAUACAGUCUGAGAGAUACGAUAACCUCACCAAACUACCCAAGCUUCCAUGGGUCGAGGGAAUUUUGCGUGUACCUUAUCAGAAUUCCAUCGGCUACAUCUAUUCGUUUGGUCUUCAAUGAGCCGUUUGACGUUGAACUGGAUAAGGAUUCUGUGGAGAUUGGUGUUGGACCCGUAGCCGAUUAUACACUGGAUGGUGUGUUGCUGUUCGAUGGCGAUGUCGCUCCCGAUCCGAUCACUCUCAGUAGCAAUCAAGUAUUCAUUAUUUGGUCGAGCGACAAAAACAUAGUCAGAACUGGAUUUUCCAUUUCAUAUGAAGCAGACGGUAACGAAUGCCUGAGCAAUCCAUGUGCUGUUGGAUACGCGUGCCUUGACGAUUUUGCCUCAUACACCUGUGUUGAUAUCAAUGAAUGUUCAAGCAAUCCUUGCUUAAAUGGCGGUACUUGUAAAAACGGUGUCAACUCUUACACAUGUGACUGUCCCGUUGACUGGACUGGAGUCAUCUGCCAGACAUCUAUGAACCCCUGCAACAGCAACCCAUGCUUGAAUGCAGCCACAUGUAACAAUUUUGUAGAUUUCUACACGUGUACCUGCUUAGGAGGCUGGACAGGAACAAACUGCGGGCAAGCUAUAAAUCUGUGCAAUCCGGACCCAUGCAAAAACGGGGCUACCUGCAUAAACCACCAAACAUAUUACAGAUGCACGUGUCCAAGCGGGUACACAGGUAGUGACUGUGGACAAGAAAUCAAUUUAUGCAGUCCCAAUCCUUGCAAUAACGGAGGCACAUGUACAAACUUUAUGACAUUUUUCGUAUGCGAUUGUCCUAUUGGCUGGGUUGGAACUACAUGUGAAUCACGCGAUGAUAAAUGCUCACCAACUCCGUGCCUCAAUGGUGCCACGUGUAUAAAUCACGUCACGUACUAUGAGUGUGACUGUGCCGAUGGAUGGACGGGAACAAACUGUGCAACUCCUGUAAAUCCAUGUAAUAGCAACCCCUGUAGAAAUGGAGCAGAAUGCAACGACUUUCAGACUGCAUAUACCUGCACAUGUGCUGAUGGGUGGACAGGACCAACCUGCCAACAAGCGAUUAAUCUGUGUAUCCCUACUCCCUGUCAAAAUGGUGGGACUUGCAGGAACUAUCAAGUUUUCUACAUGUGUGACUGCGCAAUUGGUUGGAUGGGCAACAACUGUGAUAUAGAACAAAAUCCUUGCAUGACUAAUCCGUGUGUCAAUGGGUACUGUGACAAUCACUAUACAUAUUACACUUGUUCAUGUGAGCCUGGAUGGACUGGAACUCACUGUGAGAAUGCUAUUGACCUAUGUCUAUCAAACCCAUGUCAAAACAAUGGUUACUGCCAAAAUCAACGGACAAGCUACUUUUGUGUUUGUCAACCGGGAUGGACUUCACAGGAUUGUGAAAUACCUAUCAAUCUGUGUGCUCCCGUGAAUCCGUGUAAUAAUGGUGGCGUAUGCAACAAUUUCCAAACGUACUAUUCAUGUUCCUGUUCACCAGGCUGGACUGGUACCGAUUGUCAGAUUGCCGUUGAUGCGUGUGACAUCCAGCCAUGCAUGAACGGAGGUGUUUGUGUGGACUUUCAGUCACGUUAUGAGUGCCAAUGUAUUAUGGGAUGGACAGGAGAUAACUGCGAAGUCGACGUAGACGAAUGCAGUUCAAGGCCUUGUCAGAACGGCGCAUUCUGUAUAAAUGGAAGAAAUAAAUAUACAUGUACAUGCUUAAACGGUUGGAUGGGAACGAACUGUCAGACCGCGAUUGACACUUGCACCUCUUUUCCGUGUAUGAAUGGAGCAACAUGUAUGAAUUACCAAACUUAUUUUAUCUGCCAGUGUAUUGAUGGAUACACCGGACAACGAUGCGAGACAUAUAUGGAUGCAUGUAUUACCAAUCCAUGCGUCAAUGGAGCUACUUGUGAGAACAAUUUCGUAAAUUAUAGAUGCAUAUGUGUACCAGGUUGGACUGGAUCAACAUGUUCUCAAGACAUCAACGAGUGUGCCAGUGCUCCAUGUCAGAAUGGCGCUAUUUGCAACAAUCGUCAGAACACAUACACGUGUGACUGUCUAGGUGGUUGGACUGGAAUAAAUUGUGAUAUUGCGAUCGACAUGUGUCAAUACUAUCCAUGCUUGAAUGGUGCAACUUGUAUCAACCACCAAACGUACUAUCAAUGUGUAUGUCCAACUGGCUGGGAUGGAGAUAACUGCCAAACAGAAAUCAAUGAGUGUGAUAGCAACCCCUGCCAGAAUUCUGCUACCUGUGAGGAUCUUGUGGAUUCCUACAACUGUAUUUGUCUUGAUGGAUGGGUUGGAACAAACUGUGAAACAGCUAUUGACCUAUGUCGGUCCUACCCCUGUCAGAAUGGGGGAACUUGUGUCAACUCCCAAGUGUACUACCAGUGUGUAUGUGUAGUUGGCUGGACUGGUACUAACUGUGAGACAGAAAUGAACCCAUGCAAUUCGUUUCCAUGUCAAAAUGGAGGAACAUGUCACAACUAUUACAACUAUUACACAUGUGACUGCCUUUCAGCAUUUGCUGGUCAAAACUGCGAGUUAGAUUACAAUGAAUGUACGAGCAAUCCAUGUGAGAAUGGUGGAUCCUGUAAUAACUUAUUUGACAGCUAUCAGUGCACAUGUGUUCCUGGUUGGAAAGGUCUUAACUGUGAUAUUGAAAUUGAUUUAUGUGAGCCUGAUCCAUGCCAGAACGGUGCUGUAUGUACAAACUAUAGAACCUCUUACUUGUGUUCAUGUACUCCAGGAUGGACUGGGUUGAAUUGUGCAAUUCCAAUUGAUGUAUGCGAGUCGUCUCCAUGCCAGAAUGGUGCUACCUGCCACAAUUCUCAGACAUUUUAUAAUUGUGUAUGCUCAGCUGGUUUUGUCGGAACUCAUUGUGAAACGGAAGUUAAUGAAUGUUCCAGUGGACCAUGCAAGAAUGGUGCUACCUGUGAUGAUCAGAUCAAUGCUUACUCUUGUCAGUGUACUGCAGGCUGGAUUGGCAACAACUGUGAUAUUGCAAUACAACUCUGCCUCCCAACCAACCCUUGCCUGAAUGGUGCUACAUGUAGUAACUUCCAGGUUUACUAUACAUGCCAGUGUGUACCUGGAUUUACAGGUAACCAGUGCGAAAACGAAAUUGAUCUGUGUUCACCUGUCAAUCCCUGUAUGAAUAGUGGCACAUGUACCAAUUACAGAACUUCUUAUACAUGUACCUGUUUACCUGGAUGGACAGGAGUAAACUGUGAUACAGCUAUCAACCAAUGCCAACCUGAUCCGUGUUUGAACAAUGGCGGGUGUAAUAAUUUCCAGACCUACUAUGAGUGUGUGUGUCUGUCAGGAUAUGGAGGUGAUAACUGUGAGGUCGACAUUUAUGAAUGUUCCAGUAAUCCAUGCCAGCAUGGUGGCAUUUGUGACGAUCGGAUUAAUGGUUACAUAUGCACUUGUGCACCAGGAUGGACUGGAUUUAACUGCGAUAUCAAUAUUGAUGAGUGUUUCAGCAACCCUUGUAUGAAUGGUGGUACUUGCAGUGAUAUGGUGAAUGGUUAUAUAUGUGCUUGUCCAUUCGGAUUCAGUGGAAUUACCUGUGAAACUGAAAUAGAUUUAUGCCAGAAUAAUCCAUGUUUGAAUGGUGCCACUUGCAUGAAUGACUUUGAGAAUCAAGACUACCAGUGUCUGUGUGCUGUUGGAUUUACAGGAGAAAUCUGUCAGUCAGAGAUUAAUGAAUGCGAGAGCAAUCCAUGUCAGAAUGGGGCUACUUGUUUUGAUUCAGUUGGACUAUAUACCUGUUACUGCCCCGCCGGCUGGACUGGAACUAAUUGUGAUAUAGCUAUUAAUGCUUGUCUGUCAGACCCAUGUCUAAAUGGUGCGACGUGUGGUGACUUCCAAAGUUAUUAUGUUUGUACUUGUGUUCCUGGAUAUGCUGGCCUGUUCUGCCAAUUUGAGGUACUUGAGUGUUUAAGUCACCCUUGUAAGAAUGGUGCAACCUGCAAUGACUAUGUGAAUUUCUACACAUGUGACUGUGGACCUGGCUGGAUAGGUACUCUGUGUGACAUGCCCAUUGAUCUGUGCCAGCCUGAUCCCUGCCAGAAUGGAGCCACGUGUACAAACUUUCAGAUAUCCUACACAUGUAACUGUGCACCGGGUUACUCUGGUACUAAUUGUAACACAAAUAUUAACGAGUGUGCCAGUAACCCUUGUCAAAAUGGAGCCACUUGUUACGAUGCCGUUGAUGGUUUCACAUGUCAAUGUGUUGCUGGUUGGAUUGGAGUUCUGUGUCAGACUGCCAUUAAUUUAUGUCAGCCUGACAACCCUUGCAUGAAUAGUGGAACAUGCCAGAACUACCAAACUUUUUACACUUGUACUUGUCAACCUGGUUGGACUGGCACUAUCUGCCAGACUCCUAUUGAUCUCUGCAUACCAACCAAUCCAUGUGAGAAUGGUGGCACAUGCAACAAUUACCAGAAUUUUUAUACGUGCACCUGUAUUCCUGGUUGGACAGGAGAUCGGUGUCACCUUGCCAUUGACCUAUGCCAGACUGAUCCCUGCCUGAAUGGUGGCACAUGUUCUAACUUCCAGACUUCCUAUACUUGUGAAUGUUUACCACAGUAUGAUGGGGAUAGGUGUCAAAUAGUUCGCAAUGCAUGUCAACCCAACCAGUGUCUCAACGGUGCUACCUGUAAUGACUUUUUGACUCACUAUACAUGUACCUGCCAACUGGGUUGGAGUGGAAACAACUGUGAACAAAGACUUAAUCCUUGCAUUUCUAAUCCCUGUCAGAACAGUGCACCAUGUAAUAACUUUUUCACGUCUUAUACGUGUACAUGUCUAAGUGGCUGGACUGGAUUCAAUUGUGAUCAAGCAAUCAAUAUGUGUUCUCCUGACAACCCAUGUCUGAAUGGAGCUGCUUGUCAAAAUCACCAGAUUUCUUAUACUUGUAUUUGUGCUCCUGGUUGGACAGGAACAAACUGUGAAACAGAAAUCAAUUUGUGCCAACCCAACCCUUGUCAGAAUAGUGCUGUGUGUACCAAUAUGCGGACAUCAUACCUAUGCCAGUGUGCAGCUGGCUACACAGGUGUUCACUGUGAACUACCUAUUAACUUGUGUACAAGCAGUCCAUGUCAGAAUAGUGGCACUUGUCUCAAUUUUCAGACCUACUACACAUGUAACUGUCAAACUGGAUUUACCGGUGUAAACUGUGAGAGUGCUCUAGAUGCCUGUUUUGGUGAUCCAUGUCUGAAUGGUGGUGUGUGCAAUAACCUUUAUACUUACUAUACAUGUACAUGUGCAGUCAGUUGGACUGGGCAAAUCUGUGACACACGGUUGGAUGCAUGUCUGGGUAACCCAUGUCUGAAUGGAGCAUCUUGUAACAAUAUGUACACAUACUAUACCUGUUCAUGUAUGCCAGGCUGGCAGGGAAGCAAUUGUGAUAUAGCUGUUGAUGUAUGUAUUAGUGAUCCAUGUCAGAAUGGUGGUAGUUGUGUUAAUCUACAGACAUCUUAUAUUUGUGAGUGCACUACUGAGUACACUGGCAAUAAUUGUGAAAUAUUUCGUGAUGCGUGCAGUGGAAACCCUUGUCUUAAUGGUGCUACAUGUCUAAACUUGUACACUGACUACGAAUGUACCUGUGCUGCUGGUUGGACUGGCGACAACUGUCAACAGAGUAAGUAUGCCCAAGUACAGAAUGCAAUAAUUGGUCAAAUUGUAAUGUUUCUUUAUAUCCCACCUGGUACUGAUGUUGCCUUGUUAAUCAUCGAAGUCCCUUGA